AUGGGCUCCACCGUGCGAGAAAGUACUUGCUAUGAUUCAACCUAUCUGGCCGAAUACUACGACAUUUGGACAGGCACGCGCAAUGAUACCAGCUAUAAUUCAAAUGCACUCAUCCAGAUGGUCUUUAAGGCACCAUCCUCACAUAUUCUUGUGCUUGAUGCUUGCACUGGCACUGGCCGGCUGAUUCAGGCAAUCACUAGCUAUGCGAAAGGAGAGCCUGAUAUUUCCCUCGCUAAUGUGGAGUUCAUUGGACUCGAUAACGAACCUCAUAUGAUUGCGCGAGCGGAGAAAAUCAAUUCAAAACUACCUGUUCAAGCUGGCUGUCGAAGCAUAAUUUGGCUUCUGGGCUCAGCGCUGGAGAUGUCCUCUCUUCCCGUCUUUCAAACAAAAAAAGUUGACCUUCUCACGAUUGGUUUCGGAAGUAUUUCGCACUUCUAUCAACCAGGUCAACCUGAAAUGUUUUUAAAAGAGGUGGCUCAUAUCCUGACUCCGGGAACAGGAAUAGCUCACAUCUCCAUCGUGAGCAAACUCAUUGCAGACCCAGAAUUGGGUCUGGAUAAGGAUAUAACAGAUUCUUUGCCACCCAGUGAGCAUUCCAGUGUCGAGUUUCCAGGUGUAGUUUAUCGAGAGAAGGUGGUAGAAAAUGGCGUUCAAGGAAAUAUUUGGCGUGUGGUCAGAGACAUUGAGGUCUGGAAGGGUGAAACUUUAAUCGAGAAGAAUCUGGACGCAGCUUUGUUUCGUGUAUGGACAGAGAAAGAGUUAAGGGAACUGGUUGCUGGAGCUGGCUUGCGAGUACUAGAGAUAAUUCCACAGGAGGUAGAUACAUUAUUUGUAGUGGGUAUCGGCGAAACCUCGGUGCUUAGAAUUCAAACCCCCCAUGAUCUCAUCAAAGAUUCCUGGUGUCGGAUCCUCAGUCUAGACGACGAAGAUGUUGAACCCGACUCGAACUUCUUCGCCCUGGGUGGAGAUUCUAUAGAUGCCCUAAAAGUAGCGCGGCUGGUACAGCAAGCUGGAAUAGCCCUAAAUGUGAAUCUCAUGCUUCGUCAUCCCCAAUUCUCGGACAUGGUAAAAGCUGUUUUGGAACAAUCACUACAAGAAGUGAAAAAAAUCGAACGCCACGAAGACGCGGUCUCUACCCGGUUCAUUCAAAUUUCGGAAUCCCGGCAGCACGAGGUUCUCUCCUCAGCGGUGCAACAAUGUCACAUUUCUGAGUCGGAAGUAGCGCGCCUGUUUCCCUGCACACCGAUGCAGAUGGGCCUUGUAGCCCUUACAGCUCAACAGCAUGAUCUAUAUUGGGCCCAACAAAGUUUUGAAUUGCCGAGUGACUGGCCAGUUGCCCAAGUAGAGACUGCUUGGAAACGGGUGGUCGAGGCAAACGAAAUACUUCGCAGCCGGAUUAUACAGCUGUCUGAUGGAACGUGUUAUCAAGUGGUACUUCACUCAGAAAAUGGCACAAUGAAUGAAGAGGUCAAAGGUGGUAAUAGCAACCCCCCAUUUGGACAACCCCUGUUCUAUUGUUGGAUAGAAUUAGGGCGACUUGAAUGGCGUGUCCAUCAUGCUGUUUAUGAUGCGUGGUCGCAGCGGUUGAUCUUUAACGCGUUGGUAGAUGCCUACCGAGAUCCAACCAAUCCAAAAAUUAUUCAUCCUCCCUUCUCGUCCUUUGCUGGAUAUCUGGCGAAGAUGGAUUUGAGUCAAUCUAUGAGCUUUUGGCGCCAGCAUUUGCAUGGCUUUGAGGGACAGGCAUUCCCCCGGCCCCUAGCAAUGGACGAGCCGCGAGAUCAGGCCCAUGUUUCGAUGGAAUCUACAUGGGACCAGAAUCAGCAUCAUCUCGGGUUUACCGCCGCAACGGCCAUCCAGACAGCAUGGGGUAUUGUUCUUACGCGCUAUAAUGAAUCUUCCGAUGUUGUUUUUGGGGUGGUAAGCAUGGGAAGAAGCACUGCAAUUGCGGGUGAAGAUGUCGCCCGCAUCAUCGGCCCGACGAUUGCUACUAUCCCCUUUCGUUUCCAACUUGAUGAAGCCACCACUGUGAAGGAAUCUUUAACAGCUACACAGUUGCAAUAUGGAAAUUUUUUACCUCAUGAACAUUUUGGUUUGGCACACAUUUCCUCAUUGGGAGAUUCCGGGCCAUCUCAAGCCUCCCGUUUUCAAAGUCUUUUGGUGAUACAACCGGAAGAAGUUGAUGACAGCCCUAUCCAUGAGAUAUUGGCUGAGCGGCGAGAUGAUUAUAUGGAAUACCCUCUAUCACUUGAAUGUUUCCUCGGCUCAAAUUCUAUUCACCAUUCAAUCACUUACAGCAAGGCCGUCAUGGGUCAAUGGCAAGCAGAAAGACUCCUCGAAAAUUUCAUUCAUGUGCUGAAUUGGAUCCUCCAGCCAUCAAAUCAAACAUCUCUUGUGUCACAGCUAGAAAUGUGGACCGCAACCGAUACUAAAAUCAUGCAGCAGUGGCAUUCAACCCCUAUCGACUUGGUCGAGGAAUGCAUCCACAGGUUGAUUGAGCAGCGUUCAGUUUUGGGUAAGUGGGAAGAUAGUCCUGCCGUUUGUGGAUGGGACGGCGAAUUUUCAUACAGUCAACUGUUCUCAGUAUCGAAGCGGUUAGCUCAACGUCUUCGUGUUGCGGGUGUGGGUCCAGAGAUCUUGGUGCCUAUAGCUCAUGAGAAGUCCUGCUGGACUCUGAUCAGUAUACUCGGAGUUCUUCAGGCGGGCGGUGCAUUUGUUCUGUUGGAUAGUGGACUACCGGUAGCUCGCAUGCAGACUAUGGUUUCUGUGGUACAAGCCCCCCUACUUAUCUGCUCUGAAGCUCUUCAAUUCAAAGUGUCCGGCCUAGCCAAUCAAAUACUGUGCCUGGAUUCUGUGAUGCGGAAAGAGCUGCAACAGGAGCAGCCCACGAAUCAUACAGAUGCCUUUUUCUCGCCUGGUGUCGCGGCCAACAAUGCAGCCUAUGCCGUUUUCACAUCUGGCACCACUGGAAUUCCAAAAGCCGUCGUGGCAGAACACCGCCAAGUUGCUACUGCAUUCCAUGCACAGGCCAUGCAGGGUAUGUUCCAGCGCAAUCGUCGCAUGCUGCAAGUUGCGACCUACAGUUUUGAUCCAUCAAUUGCGGACAUGUUGGGACCAUUGUUAGUGGGAGGAGUAGUAUGCAUUCCACGGGAAGAAGAGGUUCUCACCGCACUAGCAGGCGUUAUAUCUCGGUUCCAGGUAGAUGUGAUUGAUAUCACCCCAUCAGUAGCUAACAUCUUGGAGCCACUCGACGUUCCUAAUUUGAAGGAGUUACGCCUGGGCGGGGAAACUGUGACUGCGGCGCAGCUGAAGCGAUGGACCAAAAUACCUCACUUUCAAUUCCACAACAGUUAUGGUCCCAGCGAAUGUUGUGUCACUGCGGCACUGACUCCACCGCUACAUCCUUCAGUGAACCCCUUGAAUUUUGGUUCUCCUGUCGGUUGUCGUAUGGUGAUUGUGCAUCCUGAUAAUUGCAGUAAGUUGGUGGCAUUAGGGCUGGUAGGAGAACUCGCGAUUCAAGGCCCUAUUGUCACUAGAGGGUACCUGAAUAAUGCAGAAGCCCAGAAAAGAGCAUUUGUUGAGAUAUCUCCAUAUAAAAGGUUUUCGGAAGCUACGCCACCCUGGGCGUCAAGAGUUUAUUUAACUGGAGAUCUGGCUCGGUUUGCACCGGAUGGCUCUGUGAUUUUUGUUGGUCGCAAGGAUCAUCAAGUCAAGUUGAAUGGACAGCGCAUUGAGCUUGGAGAAAUUGAAGCUACUGUUACAAAAAUCGAAGGGUUGGAGGAGGCUGUCGUGAUGAUCAUUAAGAGUAAUGGCCGUGCAGAGCUGGUUCUAGUUGCUCAGUGGAAGAACAAUUCAAUAGCACAACCAGAAGGUAUCCAAGACAGCAACAUCAACAGCAUUAAUAGCAUGGAAGACCUGAAGGUACUAGAUCUGCCUAAUGUAUCUGCCACGACCCUGCGGCAACUUGCCGCAAUGCUACCUCCAUAUAUGGUGCCGGCUGUAUGUCUUCUGACAGACCGUCUCCCUUUAUCAUUGACUGGUAAGACGGAUCGCAAGGGACUUCAACGAUGGAUAGAACAACAAGACCUCUCGCCAUGGCGAAGGACUAUCGCAACAGCUACAAUUCCGGUUUCUGAUACUGUAGCCCGACAACUGAGCGAGCUACUGGAACCUUUCCUGCCGGAUGGAUCUAUUGAAGACCCCGAAAAUCCUCCUGAUAUCGCUCCGGUGUCAGCAGGACUAGACUCAAUUCGCAUGGUCUCGUUUGUGCGCGCGAUCAAUCGCACCUUUGGCAUUCUCUUACCACUAAGUCGGAUUCCUCGCACCAUGCUUCUUACUGAGUUGGCUAUCACGGUCAAAGAAUUACAGUCCCGAAAAAAUACAAACGGAGAAGAAAUAAUGGAAAGGGAAGAUGUUGAACCAAUGCUCCGUGAUCUUCAGAAAGGUGUCUCGUCACAUUUUGCGUCUGGCCCCACGCCUUCCUCGGCUAUACAUAAAGUCUUCUUGACAGGUGCGACUGGAUAUGUCGGAACUGCCAUUCUCCAAAGACUCCUAUGCACUCCUUCUCUUCAGAGUGCUUACCUUCUUGUUCGCGCAGAGGACGCAGAUACUGGACUUGAGCGUGUGCGUGCUGCAGCCAUCAAAGCUGGUUGGUGGGAUGAGACGCUACAUUCUUCCAAAAUUCAAAUCUGGGUAGGGGAUCUCUCCAAACCGAAACUUGGCCUCAAAAGCUCCCAGUGGGAACAGCUGGAAGGAUGCCACACACCCACCGAUGCCUCACAAAUAACUGGAAUCAUUCACAACGGAGCUCUUGUACACUGGCAGUACAGCUACUCUGAGCUCCGAGCAGCCAACGUAGAUUCUACCAAACAAUUAGUGUCGAUAGUGACAAGGAAUCCGCACAUUGCUCGCUUGGAAUAUAUAUCUGGAGGCGCGCAAUGGGAUCCAUCUGAAGAAGAGACUGUUUUUUCUACACCCACACUCCAGCAAAAGCUGCAAGAAACGAAUGGUUAUGGACAAUCAAAAUUGAUCGCCGAGCAAGUCGUGGCAGCGACGGCAGCACUGCAAAAAUCAGAAGGAACCCCGGGGAGUCGACUUGGAAUCCUGAAUCCGGCUUUAAUCAUCGGUGGCCCAAGUCAUGGUCAUGCGGCUAACCUCGAUGACCUGAUCUGGAGACUCGUUAGCGCAUGUGUGCUCGUGGGCGAGUACUACCCCGAGCCCGAGGAGUGGAUUUACAUUUCUAGGGCAGAGGAUGUUGCUCAGAUGACUGUGAAUGCCUUGAUAGAUCCCACGGCCACCAGGAAGCAGAGAAAGAUGCUGAACGGAAUUCGGGUAAGAAAUUUUUGGGAGGCGGUCAAUGCUGCUCUUGAUACUCCCUUGCGUGCCAGCGAGACGUAUGCUGUCUGGCUUGGUAAGCUCAAUGAAUCUUUAUCUGAGUUUGGUGAUGGACAUCCAUGUUGGCCUGUUAUAAAUGUUAUUGAGACGAUAGGUCCAGGACUUCUUAGCAGUCCAGCCCCUGUGUGGACUGAUGCUGAUGAUUGGGAAGAGAUGGAGCGGGUCAUGGCUCACGCCGUUACACUAAAUGUAACAUACUUGCAGAACCUUGGGUAUCUUGGAAGGACUUGGUCUGGUAAGGACUUCCCUGGGGGCUUUAGGAGAAGAGGUUGA